CAUGAGAAUCAUGAUAACUGCAUCAGAUAAGAUUAAUGAAAAAGAUGAUCAGACGGUGGUGGAAGAUGAAGAAAAAGUAUCAAAAGAAUCAACGGUGGAUGUGAAUCCAUUUCAUAGCUUGGCUAAUGAGAUCCUUAGUGCCAUCUUUAAGUGCUUGGGAUUUGAUCAUUCCUUCUCGAGUAAACAAUCCAUAGACCAAGAUCAUAUUAAGGGUUCUUAUGAGGAUAAGGGAGUGGUGGAGGAAGAAAUAACUGCAAGGAGCACUAAGAUUGAGAGGAAGAGGCAGACACCGCCACCGCUCGACGGAGGAGGUAAUCCCAAGACGAAUUAAAAUCCAUUUUCUUUUUAAUUAAUUAUUUAUAUAUAUGUUUAUAAUAUCUAUAGUUUGAGUUUAUUUCAUAAAAAAUAAACUAUAAUUCUAGAACUAAGGUGAUGUUUGUUUCAUUUUCAUUUU